AUGGAGGCUGUAAGACCAAGGAAGACCAAGACAAAAACCAGUGGAAAAUCUCAGACGGUCAGGAAGCAGAAACAGGCAGAGGAAGACAAAAGAGCCACAGCUCCCUCAGCUGUCAGUGAUGAGGCCUCCACCUCUGGCUUCACCGACAUCCCCCUCAGCCUGCCGUAUCAGGAGCCAGUGGAGGAGCAACGGGACCCUGUUCAGCCCCCUGAAACCACAGCACAGCCCUCUGAUCUGUCCUCUGAGAAACAACAGACCUCUUCAUCACAAACGUUACCCACAUUAGUGCUACCUAAGACUUUAGAGUCGACAUCACAGGUUACAGUGCAUCUGACAGAGUCAAAAAAGGAGGAGGAAGAGGAUAGUGGAGUGGCAGCUCAGGGGGCCGAGCUUAAAUUUGCAGCACCGACUACUGAAUUGGAAAAAGACACACAGUCAUGGAAUCAGCCUUGUGUUUCAACUCAGUUUCAGAUCUCAAAUGCUCCAAGUGCCCCCGCACUCUACCCUUCUCUCCCAACAUUAGAAGAAGGCCCCAUGAUGCAGCUCUGUGAGGAGGCUGUGCAGAACAGAGAAAAGGGGCCUGCAGUGUUGGCACUUCCUGAGCAGGAAUCUUCCCCUCCAAGUUUGCAGCCUGUGGAGUCUGUAGCUGACCUUUUCAGAAGCAAACUCUACCCAGAGUUACCCAAAACAGCUCCAGAAAUUCAGCCGUUCUCACUCGAGCAGCUGAGUGUGUGGGAGCCCGGCGGAGGUUUGCGAGCUUGGCUAGAGGGUGUUGAAGUGUGCGCGGCCCAGUUCUGUGCUCUGGCCCGUCAGGAGAACCAUGAACUGACUGAACUGCUGCAGAACUACUGGCGCUGCCGCAGACAGCUGACCCAGUCACACACGCAGCUACAUACACAGUCCUCUGACUGCAAGAGCACUCAGAAUCGUCUCUGGAGCUUCAGAGAUGAACAGCUCACACUUCAGGGUGUGUGUGCAGAUCAGUCUAAGGUGUGUGGGUACCACCGCUUCCAGCAGGCAGAGUUCAGUCAGAGUGUGCUGGCUGAGCUGAGGAGACUGUUUGAAGCUCGCAGUGAGCUGCUUCAUCAGAAAGUGGCGCUACAUGCCUACACAGCUCUUCUGUCACGCCUCCAGGUGGAAUCUUACUUGUAUCGUCUGCUAAAAGAUUGUUCUGGCAGUCAAACGCAGCCUUGUUCUCUCCAGCCCUUGAAAGAGGCCGUCAGUGUCCUGUUUAGCUUCACUCGCAGAGUCUUGGAUGACACACAGUUCCAGACAGACAUCCAUCACUGGCUGGAAAGAUUGGUGGCGGUCCUGCUGCAUGUUGGAGGGUCAGGAGAGCAUCUGUACCUGCUGUGCCAUCUUUUGUGCUGUCCCGCGGGGGUUGGCAAGUGGGCUGCACCCUUCCUUCAGAUCCAAGUUUGGGGAAACACCAGUGGAGUGCAGCACUUUAUGCAAGCUCUGGCCAUUCUAAUGUCGCCUGCCAGACACCGUGCAGAGUUUCUGGGACAUCUGAAGCCAUGUGAGAGCCAGAGCUCAGCAGCUUCUGGACCUGAGUCUGGCAACUGGACGCUAGUGGAUGAAGGGGGAGAGGAGGAUGAGGACCCAGACAGCAGCUGGUUGUUGCUCUGUGAGGAGGAUCUGAUCUCCCUGCUGACCCAGUUCCCAUUCCAGCAGCUCUAUUCACACAUGCUGGGGAUGAGCAAGCAGGGUGUGUAUGAACCCCAGGCCUGUUCCAGUCAGAAGAUGAUGCGUGUUUUUGCUUUUGCCUCCUCGCUCAUUGAAAUUCUUGCUCUUGGACUACAAACCUACAACAGGGCACGAUACAGACAGCUAGUUAAACGAAUAGGACACAUCAUACGAAUGACAGUGUGUUAUGUCAGCGAUCACUGGGCCCAGUAUGUGAGUGUAACUGGUGCUGAUGGAUCUCAUGGACACUCUCUGUCUUUGGACAAACUGCAGCUGGAAUAUGACAAUCUCUUCCUCAGAGCUGUUUUACAUGUACUCAGGAACAAAAGGUUGGGCAUUUGGCUGUUUAUGUCCGAGAUGCCGUAUGGGACUCUGUCCAGCUCUAUGCUGUGGAGGGUACUUUAUGCUAUGCAGUGUGCAGAAACAGCAGGACUGGAGACACUUGGCGCUUCUAGUGACACACGCUCAUGCAUUCAGGCUCUUAGAGACCCAGAGCACCAGGAGAGGUUUGAGCACUGGCUGUGCGAAGUGAACAGCUCUGACGGCAUCUCCCUCCUCACCGCACUGGCACACAUGGCCACACCGACUCAGCACUCUGACCCCGCAUUCAUCACAACCAUAACUCUGCUCAUGUAUCAGGUGUCUUAUGUGAGUGUGUCUACCAGAGAAACUUACUCUAAAGUUGGGAGGGAGUUGCUGGCUGCCAUAGCAACAGCCCAUCCCUACGUUAUCUCUGUGCUCCUGGAGAGACUGAGAGAGACCAUCCAAACUGUGGGAAUGGUGGCUUUGUACUUGUGCAAAGAGCUGCCUCUGAGUCUGUGGCAGCCACGUCCAGAGGAGAUAUGUGUGAUCGGAGCCUGGUUGCUUCAGCAUCCUCUGUCUGCUGUGGAGAACCGGCUGGCGUGCGUCAUACUGGAGGGUCUCAACUGGGGUUACACACAGGACGGCUCCUUGGCCUUGCGUUCAUCUCUCCACAGUGAAGUGGCUCUUCUGGUGGCUGAAGCCUAUCAGAAGUACCUUACUGACAAACCAUACAGUGGCCUCAUAUCAGAGGGAAUCAAACAGGUGUCUUACCUUGCCAGUGUCCUUCGUUUGGGGGUAUCGCCUGAAGCGUCUUUUAGUCAGUGGGCAUGGCAACUGUUACUAAGGCUGAAGCUCCAUGGCAAUUCACAGAACCCUAAAGGAGCCUGGUCGGUCCCUGCUUUGGCGUCCAACCCACCUCCAGAGCUUACACACAGUCCCAGCAUGCACUCUGUUAUCAGGGCUAUAAAAGCAGGCAUUCCUAUUGGAUGCUACCUGUCCAUCGCCAUGACAGCAGUUGGACAUAGUCUGGAACACUUUUGUACCGAUGGAGUUGGAUUGUUGAAGAGUCUCAUUCAAUCUCGCCACCUGAGAGCUGCUGUGCAUCUACUUGACAACAUCCUACCCCCAACCUACCCUCUCAGCUUCUACCUGCUCAACAACGCUCAGUUUGUAAGCUGUAUCCAGUUGUUCCUACAGUAUGACAGUGUGUGUCCUCAAGGUGUGACACAGCAAGUCACUCACCGAGUCGCGCCACUCCUCACAGGAACCACCUAUGGAGACAAUGUCCGACUGCUUAACAGUGUCAUUCAGAGUCAUGUGAUAGAGAGCUCACAGCCCGGUCGUGUUGGUGCUGCAGCAGUGCUGGAGUUUUGGGUGGGGAUUUUGACUCAGCAGAACAUGUGGUAUCGGGACAAGACAGUCCUGUUCCUCAUGGAUCAGAUCUGCUGUGCAGCAUUCACACGCCAUCAGGAGGAAUGUGUGCAGAAACUUCUGUACCAGCAGCAUAAGAAUGCCUUGGGUUACCAUGGAGAUCGGGGUCUGCUCUCCUCUCUGGUUGGCUGGAUCGCUGGAAAUGCCACGCCCUCAUUCAUAGAGGGCCAGUCCCUGAGUGCGGAGGUUUGGUUCGCCUGGCUGGUGCUGAAUAUGGAGGGUGUGUUUGAGGAAGACUCUCAGCUGAGACGCUGUGUUGAACAUGAGCUCCUGUCAGAGCCCAACAUUUCCCCAGAACAAGCCUUAAAGAAGGCGCAGCAGAGGCUGAAGCUGCCCGUAGCACCAUCUCUGCAGCGGCUGCAGGUGUACCGCUGGGCGUGUCAGGCUUUAGCCACACCCCCUGACCACCCCCUCCUUCCCUUGGUCUGGCAGAAGUUCCUACAGCUCUACCUCAGACAGCCAGGACCGGAGUAUGGGCUGGCUGCAGGUGGAUGUAUUGGUCGAAGGUUCUUCCAGGCCUCUUCUCAGGCCGCUUUACUCAGAGACUUGAGACAGAGACUACAGGAGGUCUCAGAUUUCCACCAUGCUGCCAGCCAGGCCCUCAGGGUGCCCCCACCACACACACCUUCAUCAGACAGCCAAGGCGACGAAAGCCCUGACAAUCCCCGUCCCCCUUACCUCACUUCACCUCAGCUACACACAGAGCUGGUCAGGUUGUUUGGUGUAUUUGCCGUAUGGCUGGAUGAUGAGACUCUGCAGAAGCAGGAAGUAUACCUUCCCUCUCUUCCUCCGGAGUAUGAACCACACAGACUGGCACAGGUGAUGCAGCGGCAGCAGGAACUGUGGCUGGAGUUUAUUGACCAGGAGCGUCUGCAGUAUGAUGAGAGAGAGGUUCUCUCUCUGUGGGAAAAGGUUCAGAGUGAGCCAAUCUUCUUACAGGCCCAAAACCCCGGCUUCACUGACUACACCAGCCUCAACAAUGCAAGGGAGCGUAUCCUGUCCAACCUGCAGAAGCAUCCAGUUCCCCGUCCAGCUCCAGAGCUGCAGCAGCAGAAGCCUCCAGUAGCUGAAGUCCCCACCACCUGCCUCACUGACUCUAAAGCUGCUGCUGAACUGCUGCGGCAGGACCUCAGCAUCCUGCAGGACCAGGCCAGGAUUGCAGUGGCACGUGAAGCCCAGCAGGUGGCGAUGGAGCAGGAGCUGCUGGAGAGCCUUCCUCUGCUGUAUAAGAACACACCGGAGCAGGUCACCAUGACCCUGGAGUGUAAAGGAAAGGGCGGGCAGCCGUGUCAGGGACCUGCAAACAUCAGUGUCACAUGUGAGCGGGUCCAGAGACAAGAGGCAGUGCAGACACAGAUAACGUCACUGCGCAGGGACGUCAAGAAGCUUCAAGCCGACGCCAUGGCUCCUCCACCUCAAGGCCUGGCCCAGGCUGCUGUCCACACUGAGAACUUUAUCACGGCUUUGGUGAAUAUGUAUAAGGGACAGAAGUCACCUGCCGUGCAGCAUGUUGGCGUGUCAGCCUUCUACCAGGUGGUCUCCUUUGUGUGUGAAGACACACUGCGACAUCCCCCAACACGCCAGUACCUCUCCUCCUGUGUGGAGAUACUGGGACAGGUGUUUAUCCAGGGCAAUCCAGAGGAAUGUAGUCGUGUUCUGAAGACAAUCCUGGAGCAGAGGCGUCUCUGCCCACUCAUUUCACCUUUCUUCACCCCCAAUUCAGCACCCAAUCAGCUCGUCUUUCUCUACCAAGACGUGGUGACAUCUUUACACCUUGACAGCGCCGAUGUCAUCUUCAUGCUACUCACAAAGUUUGACUUGUCCCAGUGGCUGAACGAAGCCCACCCUGUGUUUUCGGAGAGGACCCGUUUGCUGGAGUUGGUCCACGGAGCUCUCUGUGUCUGCGGCAGAGACCCUGAGCCUGAACUUCUCACGCCUUUUCACCUUUUCACUAAACACUGGACCUGGCUUUUACGCCACCAUUUCCCUGAUCAUUACAGUGACUGUCUGCGUCUGCUUAUGACCAGCUCCUCAGACCAGUUGCUGAGUCCAGAGUGCUGGAAGGUCACUCUGCGAGUGCUGGGCUGCUUACCUCCGUCCCGCAAUACCAAGAGCAAAGCGGAACAAACGCUCAGUGCCACUGAUGUCUCCGGCCGUGCUGUCGGACCCCCGGCUUCUCCCUACAGAUCCCCCAUCAGCCUCUCCCCUCAGCAGGUGGAUGAGACAGUUGAGUGGCUGAGUGAUUACUUCCUGCGGAGUCGCCUCAAUAAGCCAGACCUUAGCAGUUUCGGCCUCUACUCAGCCUGGACUCCCUACAUCGGUGAUGUUGUUUCCUUCUGGGACCACUUGAUUGGCUGUCUAAUCAGCAUGCACCUCAGCAGCUGUACCAGAGAGUCAGUGGGCAGCGGCAAGAUAAUGAAAGCUCUGCAGGACCUUCACAGCAAGAUUGUGAAGUUAUUUAAGCCGUGGAUCUUUCCUCUGGACACUGAUGAUGGCGGUAACCUGAAGUGUUACCCCUGGCUGGAGACAGACGCGAGUGCGGCAGGAUGUCUGGUUGGCCUGUACGCUCAACUCACCGACACACUGCAUCACAAGUUCAGAGAUCGCUUGGUCCCUGGCCAGAGAGGCGCAUUGUGGCUGUGUAUGAUGCAGUACUGUCAGAGCUGCACCUCUCCCCGUACACCCGAGUACCUUCUGUACCUGUACCACACACACCUCCGCAGCCUGCCCUGGAGACACCUUCACCCCGACACUCAGAUAAUGGAGCAGCUCUUCAAUGUGGAGAGAGGAAGCCCCAAGAGCUGCUUUCUUUUUCUAGGAGAAGUGUUGUGUGAAGUCAACUGGCUCAGCGUCCUGAGUGACCACUUACAAACACCCCCCACCUCAACAACAUAUCCGACUCUACCAGACACUCAGAAGGAGUCACACACCAUGUUAGUUUAUCUAUUAUACAUGCUAGUUUUUCUGGCAAAGGAGGAUCAAAUCCUGAGUCAACAGGACUCCCCUCUACUUAGUCUUUUGGUCCAAUCCACCUCUCUGCCCUGGCACCAACUGGACCUGUCCUCAUACCAGGGCAUUCUGGGAUAUGUCAGCACCCACUACCCUCCCUCCCUGCUGCUCAGUACUGAUUCUGCACCUCAGCUGCUGCUGAAAUCACUGCGUAGCGCUGCUGGUCUCCACCCCCGCCCUAAUGAAGCUCCACACAGGGAGGAGACGCUGAAAGCUGGAGCGUAUGUGUGCUGGUGUGUGCAGUCUUUGGUGACCCUGGAACAAGGGGGCAGCAUCAGCCUCAGCAGCCUAGAGGCUCAGCUGGAGUCACUGCUGGAGAGCGUCGUCACAUUCAACCCACCAGAGACGGGGCCGGAGCAGAGGCACAUGGCAUUCUGCGGUCUGUUCAGUGAUGCUCUGGCUUUGCUGAAUGGAGUUGGUGUCUCAACAGGCGAGGCACUUGCUGCUCAUGUCAUUACCUGGCUGGACAGGAAGGGGAGAGGCUUCCCUAUUCUGCCUCUUCUCACGGCUUGCUCCCGCUGUCUUGCAUCGGUACGGCACAUGACACGGAUCAUGGAGGCGUGCAUCACAGCAUACUUCAACCAUGCUGAGGAGGAGUCCGUAGGUUGGGGUCCUGUGUUGGCAGCGCUGCAAGUGCCUGAGCUCACAGUGGAUGACUUCCUGUCUGAGAGCCAAUCAGGAGGCAGCUUCCUGACGCUCUAUGCCUUCAUCCUGCAGCGCCUCAACUCAGAACGCACAGCAGCUGAGGAGAGGAGGACUCUGGCUCUAAUUAACACAUGGACCAGUCAGGUCUUUCCCAGUGGUCCAGGUGAUGAAGCCAAGCUGUUUCUUUGGUGGCACAAAACACUGAGUCUGUCAGCGGAGCAGCUGAAGCUGCAGGCAGGUCAGACAGAGGUGACAGGGGUCAUCAUGGGUCUGCUGAGGUUACAAACCAGGUUGGCUCAGCUGGGAGAAGAAAGACUGAACUCUGGGCUUUUAGGAGCUAUCGGCCUGGGUAGGAGGUCUCCUGUUUCUAAUAGGUUCAGGGUGGUAGUACGCAGUCUGGCAGCGUUCCUGUCAAUCCAGGUGACAUCAGAGACCGAGCUUCGUCUCCAACCCACCAGUGACUUGCAGCUCUCUGCGAAAGCACAGCAAACGUUGGGGGUGUUGGAGGCCAUGCCCAGCAAUAAGCAGUACGCGGAGUUAGAGGACUCUGUGAAUAAAGCUGUCCAGUUCAUCCGUUACCCAGGACACUGUCUGAGAGAUGGACCCCGGCUGCUGGCCCUGCUAGCCAACCUCCUAUACCCUGACCUCAGAUACCUGCACAUUAUCCGUUAG